AUGGGUGGUGCUACGAGUAAAACGGGGAAUCCAGUCGCUGCGUCAAACUUCGUCAAAAAUGCGAUCGACUCGCACAAAGUUGUCGUCAUCAGCAAAACCUUUUGUCCAUUCUGCACAAAUGCGAAAAACUCACUCAAGUCAGCUGGAAUCGACUUCAAAGCGUACGAAAUCGAGUCCAACCCAGAUAUGAACGCGAUCCAGGAUGAAUUGAAGAAAAUCACGGGCGCUAGAAGUGUACCAAGAGUCUUUAUCAAUCAAAAGUUCUUUGGCGGAGGGGAUGAUACUGUCGCUGGAAAAGCCCCGCUAAAAAUCGUUGAAAUGUCGGACAAUGAAGAAGAACAAUACGACCUGGACGAUCCAAUGGAAGAAACUGGAGCUGGGGACGAUGCUGGAGGCGACGCAUUCAUCACGACCGGAGAAGAAGUUGAAGGCGGACGAGCCGUGCCGAGGGAUGAACGGAUCACUACGCCGUUUAUGACGAAAUACGAGCGAGCGCGAAUUCUAGGAACACGAGCGCUGCAGAUUGCGAUGAACGCUCCAGUGAUGGUGGAAUUGAGAGGAGAGACUGACCCUCUCGCGAUCGCGCUCAAAGAAUUGAAAGUGAAGAAAAUUCCGAUAAUUGUACGCCGAUAUUUGCCAGACGGAUCUUACGAGGAUUGUCACGGGUUCAAAUCUUUAUAA